CCGGCGACGGCGGGGAAAAUGGCAAUUGCAGCACUAAUCCGAAACUUUCAUUUUCGUUUUUUGUUUCUUGCUCCAUCAGCAUGCUCUCCGGAUACGGCGCGGAGCCGUUAUCGGACGACAUCUUGAAACGGAGCUUGACAGCUUUCUCGACACCGACACGUCAGGAAGGGCUGAAGGAAGAGGGCGCGCGGCGCAUUGCAACCAUCAUCCAAAGUUGUCCGGUGACGCCCACUGAAAAGUAUGGGCGCUACAUGCCAACUACAAACCCCGCUCAAGCCAGCUGCAAAAAGAGAUCAUGCGUACGGGAUGGUGGUUGCAUGUGUGGGAACGCCAUCGACCUCUCAAAUGGUUCAGCAUUUGUUUCUUGGUUGCAUCCAUCAGACCACGAGAGGAGCCCGUGGGUAAAGCCCAUCUUGCGCAAACUCAUGAAAGGCGACAAUUUGGCCAAGCUAGUAAACAUGGCGCGGAAAGGCCCUGCUACCAAGACCAUCAAGACAAAAGUCGUUGGGUUGACCGAACCUAUGUAA